GGAUGUCUUCUUCGCUUCUCCUUCCUUCGACCCCUCUCCUUUACUACCCUUCAUCCACCCCCGUCUGUCAUUGCCGAAUACCUCCUUCAGCCAUGUCGUCUCGGUCGGGAACAACCCUCUAUGUCACUGGCUUCGGUCAUGGCACUCGAGCUCGUGAUCUUGCCUACGAAUUCGAACGCUAUGGUCGCCUCGUUCGUUGCGACAUUCCUGCACCACGCACUCCUUCCAGCCGACUGUUUGCCUUUGUCGAGUACGAGAGCCGCCGUGAUGCCGAUGAUGCCUACCACGAGAUGCACAACAAGCGCAUUGGGCGUGAUGAUCUCCUGAAGAUCGAGUGGGCUCGUACUCCCCCUUCCGCCUCCUGGCGAUUCGACUCGGGCCGUGAUCGCCGUCGUGACCGCACUCCUCCUCGCCGUGGCCGCUCCCCCCCCCUCGCCGCAGCCGCGGUGACUACUCUCCCAGACGGGACGACCGCUACGAACGGGAUCACGAUCGUACAGACCGUGACCACGAGCGUCGUGACCGUGAUCGCGACCAUGAUCGCCGUGACCGCGAUGAUCGUCGCGAUCGUGACCGUGAGCGUUCUCGCGACCGAUCGCGCAGCCCUGAAGACCGCGAGCGCGAUGCUAAGGAUGAUCGCGAGAGACGCGAGGAUGAUCGCGAGCGCCCUGAAGAGGAGCGUGAGACCGUUACCAAUGGUGAAGACAGGAAAGGUAUUGCCCCUGGACCCCGUUCCUUCUGCUCAUGAUGAGCUUGAUACUGCUGAGUAGAUCAGCUCAGUCCAACCGACCCUGCGGGCCACCGUCGAGGAUUGUGAAUCGGCGUCGAUCUGCUUGCAGCAUUGACAUAGCCUGGUACUGAUCGCGGUGACCGCAGGUGCUACGUCUCUCAAGGUGCAACUCGGCGCUUCUGACCAUCACUCGGUUUUGACCUGGUCACAUAUCGUGGCACAUCUCCCAUGAUCUCCUGGUCAACUUUCUGCUCUCUCCGCUGGACCAUUGUUAUUCCUUUUCUGUCUUCCGCUCCUGUCCCCUUUCCUAGUUCAGCCCACUGGCGAGCUUGGAUUUGUCGCGGUUUUUCUUUGUUCUUUAUCACCGGCGGGGGUUCCACGAAUGGCUUUUCUCCCUUGGUUUGACUUUUCUUUCUGUGAGUUUCGGUAUUUAUUCUGGUCAGCAGCUCGGACUCCGCCGAAACGAACGUCGAGCGAUCGUGUUGAAAUUCUCGCCCACGUCUCUCUCACUCUCUCACGUCCCUGCAUUUCUCCACGAUGAAACCGCCCGCCGCCCGUCUUAUUCGCAGAUUUAAUUCCAAAACGAUUCUCCUUCUACCCAUCCAUUUCCGCCCUGUACGAUCUGCCGAUAUCCUCGGAAGGCCCUGACCUUACCUCGACCGACCUCUCCUGCCGUAGCGUAUGCAUUUGGGCUCUUGUAAGCACAAAAAGGAUAAGUUUUGAAGGACGUGAUACGCGGCUCUACCAGGUCGUGCUAGACCAUCACACGAGUCUUUGAAAUUCGGUAUGCGCGGGGUUGCCUGGAAAAUCACAAGAGUGAGUGGUAGGUCGUCCAGAGUAGUACAGAAAGUGUCCACUUGUGAUAGUAGCAAUAGAGUGACAGGAGGGGCG